CUCAUGGUCCACGAUCCCUGGGCAGUGACCUGGGCAGCUUCUGACACGGCGACGCUGACGCCAAAGUUGCCCGCUCUGACCAACUCGGUGGCUCUGCCGACCUGGACGCCCGGCCAGGUGAUUCCUGAUAGCGUUUACGAACCGCCGAGAGCGCAUAACGAUGGGUUGCAGAUAAGCCAGAGUGCUUAUCUCUUUAUUUGUAUUGGGAUACCUCUCAUCACAGCCGCUAUGAUCGGCUCCUGCAUAGGGUGCUGUGUGCAAAGCUGUAGAAAGAGAAGGCGGGAGGAGAGAGCCCUGGCAGGGAAUUCAUCCAUAAAACGGUCGUCGGGAUAAGAUGCGAGAACGAGAUGUAUGGACUGUUGUCCAGUGAGGGGUACAGAUCAAGGCGAUACUUGGUGUCGAGCCUGCCAGAUGCUCCCGACGACCGAUGACAAAGGCGACAACCAGAGACCCGGCAGUGUUGGAAGUGGCAGAACCCAAAGCAAGUGAGGUAUAUGGUUGGUAAGGAUCGGAGCAGACCUGCGAGUGGUGGCCUCAAAUUGGUUGGAACUUGUAAGGGCUGUGGAGCGUCGUCCUCCGAAUUUCAAGACAGAGCCGGGGCGAGUUUCAUUUGAAAGCUAGCCAGCUGUUCCAUAGACCGUUGUGAUUCGCAGAAUGUUCAACGAAAUUC